AUGGAGCUUGUAGCACCGGAAAUUUGCCAGAGUGAUCAUCAAAAAAUGGACGACGACGAGGAUGUUAAGGAAGAAGCAGAAGCGCUCGAUUCUAACGUUGGCAGGAGGACUUCUUGUUCAGCGGACGUUGAAACAGCCGGCUCUGAAGAAGAGUCCGACAGUGAUGUUGACAACUGCUCGACGGACUCCGUCGAGGCGGAAGGUGAAGAAGGUCGGGUUCUACAGGAUGGACCACGUGGUCCUGGGUCUCCUGCACGAGGAUCAGCUGCCACUCCUCUUGCAGAUGCCCUCAACCUUGUGAAAGGUCCGCAGAAACGGGCGUCUGCGAAAGCUAAAGGCUGCAUCGAAUUCCGAUCCGACAUGAUGAGCCCGCAGUGGAUGUUUUUUCUGGACAGUGAAAACAAGCAGGGGUUUCUGACCAUCCGGGGUACGGUUUACCUUGACGACUGGAAUACGAAUUUCAACAGCUCGGGGGAUCGGGCCAGCCCGGUGUACGCGGAAUACAAGCAUUCUAUGCCCGCCGCAAAGUCCGCGUUGUCGAUGGGUACGAACCCAGAGGAGGAGAAGGAGUUGGGACCCUUUUUGAUGCUGCACAAAGGUUUUUACGACCGCGCGGCCACGGCAAUCAUGGAACUGGAGGUGGAGUUGUGGAAGCAGAGCAAGAAGAUUGCGCAACAAGAACAGCGCGUGGCCGAGGAGAAGAUGAGCAAAGACGAAGGAGGUCGUGAUGAGGAUGAUGGAGCAGGUACUAGUGGUAGUGAACGUGAACAAACGGUGGAAACCGAAACGGCUCCUGUGAUGAUCCGCGAUUCCACGAGCAACUGCGAUCCAGCCGACGAGGAAGUACUCGCUUUCGAAAAGCAAGCGGGGACAGAGAGUCACAAAAGCGACGUGUUCCGGAAUUUCGCGGAAGAAAAAACUUACCUGGAAAAGCGCCAAACCAAAUUGCCGACCUGCUUUGUCGAAUAUCUGAAAAAAAACAUCGCAACUAAAAUCUCCGACAAGCUGUUCCUCCAGGGCCACUCGUUGGGCGGCGCCGCGGCAUUGGUGAUUCACCGUCUGAGGGAAAAGUCCGACCUAUUGCAAGCGAUGACGAACAACUCUGCCGGGAAAAAGAUCCACACGAACGCGUUCUCCGCGCCCCCAAUGUUCACGUCCGGGUCGCCGGAGCAGGCAAAGCUGGCUUUUGUGUACCUCGCCACCGGGAAACUCGCCAACUGGGCGCUGGAUGUAAACCGCGUGCUUGCGGGCGACUACCGCUGCUCCUGGCUUGAGGAGCUCGCGACGGAGUUUCCGGACGGUGACUUGAAUAAACAGGAGACUAUAUUGUGGAAGAACUCCACGAACCUGUUUUUCAAUUUCGACUUUGUGCCCCGGCUCGCGUUCAUGAACGUGCAGAAGGAGCAAAUUGUCCUCCCGCCCGUAGAGAAAGUUUUCUGGCUUCGCGACACCGCGCCCGCGGGGCUGCAAGAAAAGUUGGACAAGUGCGGGAAAAGCUGCAGCAAAACUCUUACCCGCGUCGCUACCGUAUUCCGGGUUCCGCUUUACGCGCAAGCGACGGUCUUGUCGAGUCUAGACCAGAUGCUCUCGCCGUAUCCAAAGGAAUUCUUGCUGGACGCAGUACAGGAACACCAGAUGCCUACUUACGAACCGCUGUUGGUGGCCUUGUUAGGAGGAAAGAACAGCAAGAAAGAUAGCCUGUCUGCUGGUGUAGCAAGUCUUGA